AUGGGCUGUAUUGUCGAUAAAAUCGCAUAUCCAUCGAAAUAUUUACCCCGACAGAAAAUCACCAAAGAUGACAAGCGGUACAUCUGGAUACCCGUCAAGCACAACACUUCCAUCUGCGCCAUGAUUUGCUAUCCUAAUCAGAGCGAUGUCUUGCAAAGUCUACCCGAGCAGAUGGUCUACUCCAUCAUGACAAUAAGAAAGGCCCUCUUCGAAAGCACUUCCGAGCGACCCUCCGAAGAUGCCGCUAGCAAUGACCGUCUCAUAAUUUAUUCCCAUGGGAACGCAGAAACCAUGAUGCACAAUUCCGCUUACGGGUUCAUGUUGGCGGACCUCAGCGGGAUGCCCGUCCUCCUCUAUGAUUAUGAAGGUUAUGGAGCAUCGGAAGGGAAGAGUGGCGAAAAGACGGCGAGGAGGGACAUAGAAGCAGUUUAUCGGUACGUGCGCGAAACGUAUCCAGAAUAUAAGCUAAUCUUCAUGGGAAGGUCCAUUGGAAGCGUGACUACCGUUCAUAUUGCAAAUCUCUACGCCAACAAGAAAGCAUAUCAAGAAGAUAGGAAAAGAGACGUGCUGGCAGGCAUUAUACUCCAAUCUGGUGUGGCAUCUGCACUCCAAACGCUUCGGAAACGGAAGAUAAAUGUAAUCUGCGAUUGCCUGCGCAAUUAUGAUAAAGUCGGGAAUUGGUCAUUUCCGUGUCUCAUCAUUCAUGGUGCUUGCGAUAACAUUGUUCCCGUGCAUAACGCGAUUAUAAUGGCUCGCAACGUAAUCAAGCACAAUCACCCUUCAUAUCUUAAAUCUUUUGAGUCCUUCAUUAAAAAAGCACACCCUUUAGACACGAUGGACAAUCACUGCAUAUUUAGAGCAGAUAACUUCAGUCUUUUGCUCAUUGCCGGGGGAGACCACAACAGCUACGAUAUUGAGACAUACGAGCUGACGUACAGUGUCAUAGCGCAAUUCCUGACCGGGGAUGGCACAAUAGAGACGUCAAUCGUGCAAGGCCAAGAGAUGCUGCUCCAAGUCUGA